GGAAACCGGAAGCGAAAUUUUCCUCCUGCUGGCGAUCAUAGCUAAAGCGGUGUUAUGGUGUCAUCGUCUUAUCGGUUUGGGGUUUGACAACAGAAACAACAGCCUUAUUUCGUGUCCAGCCACGACAUCAUACUUUCACUGGACUCUCUGGAGAGAUGAACAACAACGGGAAUAAGAGAGCUCCAACCACAGCCACUCAGCGACUCAAGCAGGAUUACCUCAGGAUAAAGAAAGACCCUGUGCCUUACAUCUGUGCAGAACCUCUCCCCUCCAACAUCCUAGAAUGGCACUAUGUUGUCAGAGGUCCUGAAAAAACUCCAUAUGAAGGAGGUUAUUAUCACGGAAAACUCAUCUUUCCUCGGGAAUUUCCUUUUAAACCGCCAAGUAUCUACAUGAUAACACCGAAUGGGAGGUUUAAGUGUAAUACAAGGUUAUGUUUGUCCAUCACAGACUUCCAUCCGGACACGUGGAACCCGGCGUGGUCCGUCUCCACCAUCCUCACAGGUCUGCUUAGCUUCAUGGUGGAGAAAGGCCCCACCCUCGGCAGCAUCGAGACCUCUGACUACACAAAAAGACAGCUGUCAGCCCAAAGCCUGGCCUUCAACCUCAAAGACAAAGUGUUCUGUGAGCUCUUUCCCGAUGUAGUCGAUGAGAUGAAGCAGAAACAGAAGGCGCAGGAGGAGUUAAGCGCCCGCACUCAGCCCCUCCCCUUACCCGACGUGGUGCCCGACGGCGACCCUCAGCACGCCCACUACGGCCUCCCGGCCCUCAAUGGAGGUCCUGUACCCCUCGGGGGCGCCAACCCCGCCCCUGGCCUGCAGCAGGCCAAUCGCAACCAUGGACUUCUAGGUGGAGCUCUCGCCAACCUGUUUGUGAUCGUAGGCUUCGCGGCGUUCGCCUACACGGUCAAGUACGUGCUGCGGAGCAUAGCCCAGGAGUGAGAGGAGCCCGUGUGGGAGGGCUGGGCUCCCCUCUGCAGGAGAGCCAGCAAGUGGACUGCACAUUCGACAAACACACCACGUGGGGGAGGGAUGUUCAGUCCUUGGGGUAAACCCCUCCACGACCACCACAACCAACACCACCACCAUGGACUUUGGAAAACGGAAACUCAAAGCCGACUCACCCAGGAAGGAUUGAGAGGAGGGGGAAGCAGGGGGUGUGGGGGGGGGCGUGGCUGUAGGGCUGGGGGACUGGAGGGGCUUAUUUAAACGGUUGUGAUCCGAUCUGUGCUUCAGUGGUUUGUGUCAGCGGUAGGAUCCACUUGGCUCAUGGGUUGUGAAUGGGUGUAGAGAUGAUGUCACACGCUCCCCGCUCUAUUUGUUUCUGCAAGUUUACCGGUAAAAGCUUGUUUCUAAAUUAACUACGUCACUUUAAGGCUGUUCCAGUCACGUCUGCAAUCUGAAAAACCACUCAACAGCUCAUAGAGACUCCUCAGGUCAUGACUCGAAUGAGUACCAGAGACAAAACUUUUCAGUAAUGAGAUAAAAAGGAGUGCCACAAAGAGCAGUAAUGAGGUUGUACCAAGUUCUCUAUUACUUAAGCAGCUUCUGCAACCAGUUUGAUUGGAACAGCGGCUGGCAUUGUAGUCUGUUUUUCAUUCCACACCUUUCCAUUGGACAGGUUUCAGUUGGCGGAGUUGCUCCUUAAGAACCGGUUUCUCUACCCUCCAGUUGCAUACCUGGUUGACAUUUUUUUCUUUCUUCAUGACUGUGUUAAGCUCCAGAUUAAAUGGAACACAAGCCUCCAUAAUACGGAAACCAAAACCUAUCUCUUACCCUCAGUACUCCUGUCAAAUCGACCUGCUUAUGAACUGGGAUGUUUUAUGUCUUAAGAAUCUGUCUGUGUAUUUAAAGCAGAAAUGAACCGCUAACAAAAAGGGUUUCUAACAUUAUUUUUGACCCAGGGAUUCAUACUCAGUAGCAGAUAGUGUACAACUGCAGAGGCACAUGUGUACAAAGAUUUGAAAAAAACAAACAGUAGGCAACAAUUCGAUACAGGUUUGAACGUGUGCCUCUUGCGCCUGAGGAUGCAUCACAUGCCGAGCAAGAGAUGCAGAAAGUAGUCCUCCUAAAACAACUUGGACAAGUGUCUUUAUAUCUCCAUUUCUGUGUUCUAUAAAUACAUAAAAAGCAUCAAAGAUGUCGUGUCAGUCCGUCAGAGAGCUACUGAUCCAUGUUCAGAGUCUGAUGAAGUCUUCUCCUGUCAACCCAUGAGCCAAGCAGUGACCCAAGAGCCUGCACAGAAUAAAUAGAGACCAGUACCUUUUUUUUUUUUUUUAAUUGGCUUAGCUUACCAGUAUAGCGCCAUUCUAUAUAAGUCCGAGUAAAGAGACACAAGGAGAGAACCACCAUUUUGUUUCUGAGUAUUAUUUUCCUUUUGAUAAUCUUUUUCUUUGUGUUUCUGUUCUCUUAUUUAUAGAUAUGGCCUUGGGUUUUCUGUCAUGGCGCUAAGGAAAUGUCUAGUGUAUGUUUGCUAAGUGCGGGCUCACACACACACACACACACACACACACACACACACACACACACACACACACACACACACACACAGGCCAUGGCCCAGGCUCACAUAAUUGGUGAUCAUUUCCUGUCGUGCAUUGCAUUUAGUAAAGAUGGUUCUACUGUAUAUCUGAGGUUCCAACAGAACAAUGAUCUGAAAGUGGAAGAUUUGCCUUUCUAUUGCUCUUUUUCUUGGCACCAUCUUAAAAAAAGACAAACGGAUGAUGAUGAUGAUGAUGAUGAUGAUGAUGAUGAUGAUAGGAGUGUUUGUGUGAUUAUACAGCAAAUGCCCAAAUUUCCAUGCUUCAGUUAAUCUUGUGUGACAUUGUAUGUUUUCAUAGCAAAUGCAAAUAAAUUACCCUGCUUGGCAGGGCAUUUUAGAAAA